AUGGCGGUGCCUCAGCGGACCCUCAACUGGCUCUACAGUGUAUUGACCAAGGAUCACUACGAUCCGCAACAGACUUACCAAGACCCCAAUCGGACGUACCACGACGUCGCCAACGCGCUCACCCAGUACCCCUCACUCUCCCCUCGAACAGAUGUAUACACAUAUGAAACAGGCUUCUCGGCCCUACUCCUGCACCUCGUGGGCACCUUGCCAGUCACGUUCCGAGGGACAACAUAUCGAUUCCCCAUUGCGCUGUGGAUUCCAAACACAUACCCGCGCGAACCACCCAUUGCAUAUGUGACUCCGACGCAGGAUAUGGCUGUUCGUGUUGGACAGCAUGUGACGCUGGAGGGGCAGGUGUAUCAUCACUACCUGGCACACUGGGCCGAAGCUUGGGAUCGAUCUAGCAUCGCCGAUCUGCUGUCUAUCCUCCAGGAUGUUUUUGCCAAGGAGCCACCUGUCCGAUACAGGCAACCACCCCAGGCCCAUCCAGUUCAGGCACAGACACAAACACCGCCGCCAUUACCUCCUCUCCCGCCCGGAGCUGGAAGCUCUACUACACCUGUACAGCCACAGCGAGCUCAGUCUAUAAGCCAGGUACCUCCGCCACCUCCACCGAAGCCAGGCGCAACUGGGGAGAAUCGACAUCCACAGCCAUCACAAUUGGAUGAUCGAUAUCGAUCUCCCCCGCCGCCACCAAAAGAGCAAGAUCCUCGUCUAGCAGCGCUUUCACAGACACCUGGUCUGAGAGCUCACCCGCAACAGUACUAUCCGCCUGGCCAAGGUGGUCCUAUAUCACCCCCGCCAGCUCAGGGUGCCGCGCCAUAUUAUAGAAACAGCGGAGUGCCACCUCAUGUCUCUGCUAAUGUGCAAGGCCAAUAUCCCCCUCAGACAUAUCAACCGCGAUCUCAACUGCCCCAGUCCCAUAUCCCUCAAGCACAAACGCCAGCACAAUCCUUUGCUCCAAAUUACCAAGGCCAAGGAUAUCCUCCCCAAGCACAGCAACAAGCAGGGCCCCCAUACCCCCAACACUCCCCGUACCCAUCAAACUACCCUCAUCCACCACCUGCAGCUCCAGCUCCCAAAGCUCAAACUCAAGACCUUUUGACCUCCCCAUUCGAAGUCGAACUUCCAUCAAUUGCACCCACAGGGCCUGCACCCCCAAUCCCACCAAAUCCAGAGAAAGAUGCAUUGCUACAUGCUGUAUCGCAAACAUUGGCAGAAAUUCUCCGCAUCAACGCCGCUCAGUCCGAUACAGCUGCUCAGUCUCUCGUCUCACAGUCUCGCUCUCUGCAUGCUGCUAUGGCUACCCUGCAGGGCGAGGUUUCAAGUUUGAAUGCCCUGCACGCAACAUUACAGUCCAACACCUCUAUUCUGCAACAGUCUAUCCAUCGUGCCGAUGCUACUAUUGCCGAUGCUCAGGCUCGCUCUACGUCUGUGCAGAAUUCCGCGUCGUCAUCUUCAACUGUUCCCAGUGAUACGCCUGCUGGUCUUCCUCCUAUUGAUGAUAUCCUGGUUGCGCCUACUGUUGUCGGGAAGCAGUUGUACGAUCUCGUUUCUGAGGAGCAGGGUAUUCAGCAAGCGCUCUAUGCGCUGCAGGCUGCGUUGGUUCGAGGUAUCAUUGGGGUUGAUUCUUGGUCGCGGCAUACGCGUAGUCUUGCUCGUGAGGCUCUGCUUAAACGGGCUUUGAUUCGUAAGAUUGGUCGUGGGAUGGGGUUGGAGGAGAGUGUGGUUUGA